AAUGUUCAGUUUGUUCAGCGGGAUCGAUGUUUGCUGGCAUCGCCUCGCCCUGCCUUGUGUGUGUGUGAGAGCGAGUGUGAGUGUGUGUGUGUGUAUGUGUGUGUGAGAGAGCGUGUGUGUGCGUGUGUGUGCGCGUGUGUGUGUGCGUGUGUGUGUGUGUGUGCGCGCAUGUGUGGGUGUGAGUGUGUGUGGGAGAGAAAGCGAGAGUGCGUGCGUGUGUCUGUGUGUGUGUCUGCGUGUGAGUGAGUGGAUUCCAGAUUUUCUGUCUUUCCAAAACCCGCUCCUGUCCUCUCGCAUAUCACUCCCAGACGGAGAUCUGACAGCAGCCUCCAACCCACCGUGAGUGAUCGCGAUCGCUCCGCGCGGAUCCGCCAUCGAGACCGAGGAGGAGGAGGAGGAGGAGGAGGAAGAGGAGGUGCAGGAGGAGGAGGUGCAGGAGGAGGAGGAGGAGGGAAAGAGGAGAAGGAGGAAGAAGAGGAAGAAACCCACUACCUUCCCAGGAUUGCUUUUUUUUUCUUCCUUCCGUAUCUUUACGCGCGCGUGUGGCGCGUGUGCGCCCGGAGUCCUUUCCAUCUGAACCCGGUCUUGGAUGUUUAAUAAAGAAAUCAAGUGUCUCACCAGUCACCACAAAAAAAAGCAAAAACAACAACAACAAAAUAUAUAUAUAUAUACAUCCAAAAGCAAAAACAAAAACAGAGAGAGGAAAAAAAAACCCCAAAACAAACAAACAAACAAGGCAGAACCAAGCUCCGCUGCGAGCCAGCCGGCACCAGCCACCGUGUCUGCCGCCGCCGGAGAGGGGGGUCUCCGGCCCGAGGUGGCGGAGUGGCAGGGGGGAUCAUCGGGGGGACAGAGGCCGAGUGACGUCCUAGGAGCCAGCGGGCGAGACACGGAGGAGACCCCGAGAGGCGAGAGAGACAGCGGGCCCCGCGCGCGGCUCGGGGCUGGGGCGCCAGAAGUGGGACUGGAGCGAAAGUAGAGCGAUGCCCAGGAGGAAACAGCAGGCACCCAAGCGGGCAGCAGGCUACGCCCAGGAGGAGCAGCUGAAAGAAGAGGAGGAAAUAAAAGAAGAAGAGGAGGAGGAAGAGGACAGUGGCUCAGUAGCUCAGCCUCAGGGCAGCAACGACACAGGGACAGAUGAGGAGCUAGAGACAGGCCCGGAGCAGAAAGGCUAUUUCAGCUGCCAGAACUCUCCGGGAAGUCAUCUGUCCAAUCAGGAUGCUGAGAACGAGUCUCUGCUGAGCGAUGCCAGUGACCAGGUAUCAGACAUCAAGAGCGUCUGCAGCAGAGAUGCCUCAGACAAGAAAGCGAACAUGCACCCCAAGCUUCCGCAUGAAACACACAAUUGCAUGGAUAAAAUGACCGCCGUCUACGCCAACAUCCUGUCUGACUCGUACUGGUCAGGCCUGGGUCUUGGCUUCAAGCUGUCCAGCAGCGAGAGGAGGAACUGCGACACCCGUAACGGCAGCAACAAGGGUGACUUUGACUGGCACCAAGAUGCGCUCUCCAAAAGCCUGCAGCAGAACCUGCCUUCCAGAUCCGUGUCUAAGCCCAGCCUCUUCAGCUCGGUCCAGCUCUAUCGUCAGAGCAGCAAGAUGUGUGGGACCGUGUUCACGGGCGCCAGCAGGUUCCGCUGCAGGCAGUGCAGCGCCGCCUAUGACACCCUGGUCGAGCUGACUGUGCACAUGAAUGAAACGGGCCACUACCAAGAUGACAACCGCAAAAAGGACAAGCUAAGACCCACGAGUUAUUCCAAGCCUCGGAAAAGGGCUUUCCAAGAUAUGGACAAGGAGGAUGCUCAAAAGGUUCUGAAAUGUAUGUUCUGUGGGGACUCCUUCGAUUCUCUCCAAGAUUUGAGCGUCCAUAUGAUAAAAACAAAGCAUUACCAAAAAGUGCCUUUGAAGGAGCCAGUCCCAACCAUUUCAUCGAAAAUGGUCACUCCGGCGAAAAAGCGUGUUUUUGACGUUAAUCGGCCUUGUUCCCCAGAUUCCACCACCGGAUCGUUCACUGAUUCUUUUUCUUCUCCGAAAAACGCCAGCUUGCAGCUGUCCUCCAAUAACCGCUAUGGCUACCAGAAUGGUGCCAGCUACACCUGGCAGUUUGAGGCCUGCAAGUCCCAGAUCUUAAAGUGCAUGGAGUGUGGAAGCUCCCACGACACUCUGCAGCAGCUCACCACCCACAUGAUGGUGACAGGUCACUUUCUAAAGGUCACCAGCUCUGCCUCCAAGAAAGGGAAGCAGCUGGUAUUAGACCCACUGGCAGUGGAGAAAAUGCAGUCAUUAUCCGAGACCCCAAACAAUGAUUCUCUGGCCGCCAAGCCAUCGAGUAACUCAGCCUCCGACUGCACGACCUCUACAACUGAGGUAAAGAAAGACAGUAAAAAAGAAAAGCUGGAGGAAACCAGCAAUGAAGAGAAAGUCGUAAAAAGUGAGGAAUAUGAAGACCCUCUACAAAAACCUUUAGACCCUACCAUGAAAUACCAGUAUCUAAGGGAGGAGGAUUUAGAAGAUGGCUCAAAGGGUGGAGGGGACAUUUUGAAGUCGCUCGAAAAUACCGUAACCACAGCCAUCAACAAAGCCCAGAAUGGUGCUCCCAGCUGGAGCGCGUACCCGAGCAUCCACGCAGCCUACCAGCUAUCAGAGGGCACCAAGCCGCCCUUGCCCAUGGGAUCCCAGGUUCUGCAGAUUCGACCUAACCUCGCCAACAAGUUAAGGCCAAUUGCACCAAAGUGGAAAGUUAUGCCACUGGUGUCCGUGCCCACAAACCUGGCCCCGUACACUCAAGUCAAGAGGGAGUCAGAGGACAAAGAUGAGGCGGGGAAGGGGUGUGGGAAAGAAAGUCCCCAGGAAGAGGCAUCAUCGUUCAGCUACAGCGAGGGGGACUCUUUCUCCAAGAGUGAACCACCCUCAGCAUCCAAAAAGGCUGAGCCGUGUGCCCUGAAAGAAGAGGACAAACUGAUGAAGGAGAGCAGUGAGGAGAAGCCACAGUCCUUAGAGCCCGCGUCUUCUCUUAGUAACGGAUGCACCCUCGCCACUCCCACGCCGGCCCUGCCCUGCAUCAACCCGCUCAGCGCCCUGCAGUCUGUCUUGAACAAUCACCUGGGCAAGGCCACGGAGCCCCUGCGCUCCCCCUCCUGCUCCAGCCCAAGCUCAAGCACAAUUUCCAUGUUUCACAAACCCAGUCUCAGCGUCAUGGACAAGCCAGUUCUGAGUCCUGCCACCUCGAGGCCGGCCAGUGUGUCCCGACGCUACCUGUUUGAGAAUAACGACCAACCCAUCGACCUGACCAAAUCCAAAAGCAAGAAAGCAGAGUCCUCGCAAGCACAAUCCUGUACGUCCCCACCUCAGAAGCACGCUCUGUCUGACAUCGCCGACAUGGUCAAGGUCCUCCCGAAGGCAACCACUCCCAAGCCCGCCGCUUCCUCCAGGGUUCCACCCAUGAAGCUGGAGAUGGAUGUCAGGCGCUUUGAGGAUGUCUCCAGCGAGGUCUCCACUUUGCAUAAAAGGAAAGGUCGGCAAUCCAACUGGAACCCUCAGCACCUUCUGAUUCUGCAAGCCCAGUUUGCCUCCAGCCUCUUCCAGACUUCUGAGGGCAAAUACCUGCUGUCCGACCUGGGCCCUCAAGAGCGUAUGCAAAUCUCCAAGUUUACAGGACUCUCUAUGACCACUAUCAGCCACUGGCUGGCCAAUGUCAAGUACCAGCUUAGGAAAACGGGCGGGACCAAAUUUCUGAAAAAUAUGGACAAGGGUCACCCCAUCUUUUACUGCAGUGACUGUGCUUCCCAGUUCAGAACCCCUUCUACCUACAUCAGUCACUUAGAGUCUCAUCUGGGUUUCCAAAUGAAGGACAUGACCCGCAUGGCCGUGGACCAGCAAAGCAAGGUGGAGCAAGAGAUCUCCCGGGUGUCGUCGGCUCAGAGAUCUCCGGAAACAAUAGCUGGCGAAGAGGACACAGACUCUAAAUUCAAGUGUAAGUUGUGCUGUCGGACUUUUGUGAGCAAACAUGCGGUUAAACUCCACCUAAGCAAAACGCACAGCAAGUCACCCGAACACCAUUCCCAGUUUGUAACAGACGCGGAUGAGGAAUAGCUUCGCAGGACCAAUGCCUUAGCCUCAGCUUUCCAGCCCGGAUCCCUCACGCUGAGCCCUUCUCCGUGCAUCCUGGCUUCUGACAUUGAACUCCUGACCCCCUCCUGACGCCCUGCUCCAAGAAGACUGCCCAAAACAAACGUCACCCCGGCCAUUUCUCUUCAACUUCGCUCACAAUUUGGUAAUGAAGUAUUGAUCUCCACUUCCCUGCUUAUGGACGAUAUUAGACUCGCUGAUAAACUGCAAUGGGGCUGCCUCGUCUCCACGGUCUCCCUUUCACUGUCACAAGAAAACAAAGUGCCACUGAAGAAAAAUAAUGACUGGGAACGUCGAUGUACUUAUUUUGUCAGUUUAUAACAGGAAAGGGAGGGGGGUAUGAGUCUUCAUAGUUUAAUGUCCAAGUGGGCUGCUCUUGAUGUAGACACUUGGAAGCUUACUCUUCAUGGUAAUGUCCAUUUCCUAUUUAUAACCCCUCUGGGAACGUUUGUCUAAAGGAAAUGUUUCUGUUCAGUGUAACAAUUACAGUUGCACCUGGAUUGCCCAGUACUGCCCCUGCACUAGGGAGCCAUUAAUCACUGCAAAGUAGAAGAAUUAUUAAGUUAAACCAGAGUUGGAGCCAAGAAAACCUCUGAACAAUGUUCAUCUUCUGUGAAAGUUGUUCAGAUAGUUAGACUUAACUGUGUUGCUGCCAAAGACAUUUUCCCAUACAGUGGUAGGCAUCUUUAUCCUCAUCUUAUCUCGAUUGGUUUAAACAUGUAGAUUUAAGCAUGCACCACUGUCACACCAGACCUGGAAACAGGAAGAAGUGGUGAGAUGUCGAGUCUGAGAGAGAGACAGAAGAUGAGAUCAUUUCGGGGUGGAAAAUUCAGCAGCAGCCUUUUCUGGUAAUCUCUUCCUACAGGACCUGUUGUUUAUGAACUCAGAAACACAGUUUGACUGUAGAACCAACAGAAAGCAUGAAAUAGGGUGUCCAUUUAAAUGUGUUCCUGCAACUUUUUUCAUUAAAACUUUAAGGGCCCAAUUUUAAUUUGUGGAAUAUUCCCGUUAAUAAUGAGAUCUAAUUAAGACAUCCAUUAAAAGCCCGUUAAAGUUAAUUUAACGUAAAAAUUCCAAUAGAACUGUAUUAGAUUUUCUCCAUUAAAUUAACGUUAUGGAUUUUUAACGGAUGUCUUAAUUAUACGUUAUUAUUAACGGGAAUACUGUAUUACGCAGAUUAAAAUCAGGUCCUAAGUCAACGUGGAAAAGCUAAGAGCAUGCUUUAAUAUUAAAAGUCUUGCACACCUAGUACAUGGUUUGGAAAUGCAGGGGUAGAUCUAUUUAUUCUAGUUGAGCAUUUUCUAUACAAUGGAAAACAGCCUAAAAUAGAUAAAUCCAUCAUUGCAUUUAAACAAUGAAUUUCCUUAUUCUCAAAGGAUAAAUAAGUCUGAAUAGUGUUGUAAAAUGCUACUCAGCUAUAGGUAAAAUAUUUCAUCUAGUCCAGGCGCAAUCCUGGGAGCCAGGUGAUUCAGAAACACAUGAAAUAUUGUGUGUCAUUGCUUUAAUUACUAGUUAUCAAAAAAAAAUACUCAACACUGACAAAAUGAAACCAAAUAUAACCUCUUCACUAUUUCUCCUAAAAACUGCCUGUUGGAAUUAUUUUGGAAAUUUUAACAUGAUCCCUAAAUUCAACAUUGGGAUUUAAAAAAAAAAAAAAAAAAAAAAAAACUUCUUAUUUACCUCCUAGGGAAAGUGUUGCCCUUAUGCCACAUAUAAUGGCAAAUUGCUUUUUUUAUGGCAUGCAUAACCUAGAUGGGAAAAAAUAUGGCGCUUCAGGGAAGGAGGAAAAAAGUAAAUGAAGUUCCAGGAAUGUCAUUCUGAAGUAAUGAGGCAUGGACAGAAAAUAUACCCCUCACAUCAUCGGAUUGAGAUGGCAGUCGGAAUAGCUUCAUUGAAGUGUCAUCCAUCAAUCAAUCACCCACAAGGAAAAAUAGCAACAGUACAGCGGGGCAGCUUUUAUGGGAUAUACUCAUGGGCACAGGGAAGAGCGGCUCAAAUGUAGCUCUGACAUGAAAAGCAAGGUGCUGAUAUUAUUUUUUAUGAUGGGAGGAUCAUAAAGUGAAUUGAGAACAGUGAGCUCUGUCUUUGCGUAACCUAUUCAACCAGAAAUGAAUGGAACUCAACUGGAAAGGGACGGUGUGUGGCUGGGGUGCGACUCAGAGGUGGACGGUGCCGAGCGCCAUCCUUCGACAGCAAAAUUCUAUUAGGGGAACAUCAGCGUAGUAGAAUUGAGGUUCCCCAAGUUGUUGAAAAUUGCCUGCUCCCACCCAGGGUGAUCAGAUAAAGUGGCAUCAUUCAGAUCCUGCCGCAAGCAUCCAAAAGCAAAUUCGAGCUCGUGCUUCAGCUAGGGGGAAACCGAGUAAUUCUAAGCUCCUUGGAAAUUAUUUCCCUUCUAAGAAAAGAAAAAAUAAUGAAUCAUCUGCUUCCACGAAUAAUCUAUACGAUUUUGCUAGUGCGAUUUCGCUGAUGGGGUAGGGUGGGAGGCGAGAGACAAAAAUAUUGAUAAAUUUGGUAAGACUCCUGCAUCCUCACUUGGCAACUGUGCUCGUCACCGCUGAGGGACAGCUGCUAAUGUUCUCCUUAGAAAGCAAGAUCUGGGCUGGCGCCGCGAGAUGCAAACAGCUCUCGGUGUAUUUCUAGAGACCAGGCCUGUCUUCAUUUGGCAAAACCUGCGGGGCUUCUAGAAACGUCUUCCUGGAAAGAGAAGCUAAACAGCAUGCUCUCGGGAGAACAGUUUGAAUCCUCUUUCAUACCACUUCCUUCCUUUUUCUGAAUAACAGUAGUAGUUAGGAAAAGUUGGAACUCGAGGAAGGGGAAGGAAAAUGCCAUGCAAAUAACAUGCAAAUCACCCUCAAGUGUUUCCACCACGCCCACAUCCUCGGUGGUUAGGGCCACUGCAGACUUUGCAGAUGGCCUUUGCUUCACUUUCCCCGCUGCCCACCAAGGCUACCGGCCAACUAAAUUGAAAUGGCCAUUACAAAAAUUAGCUACAAAUAUUUAAAUUUUAUGUAGUUGGCCGCAUUCUUUAGUACAGCAAACCUACCAAAUAUACAGCAUGUUAAAAACACUGAAAGCAAAAGGCACGAGAGACACAGUUUAUUCCACCGAUUCACUCAGGAGGUCUUGGGCACCCUCCUCAGCAUGUGUGGCGCUGUUCUAGGUACAAGGAAAUGGCCCGGUGACACCCACCCGCAUGACCUCCUGGCCCUCCUCCUGUGGAUAGCCGCUCCCCCACGUAGCGAUACCCAGACAACUGGGCCCAGAGUUGACAUGGGGGUCAAAAUCCAAGAAUUCCAGAAUAAAGGGUUUUCCCUUGAAAAGCAACCAGAGAGGAAAUAGCUUAAAAAAUAGGUCAAGGCCUAAAAACAGAAUAUAAUCAUGGAAUAAAUUGGGAUAGCCCAGACAGUCCCCAUUGAAUUUCUUUCACGCCACAAAUAGAUUUUUUUUAAACACCCCCAAAAUAUGCCUGCUUAGUAUACGAUGCUUGCAUAGUUAAGAGGCGAGAUUUUAUAAGCAAAAGCCUCUGAGCUUAGUUAAAAUGCAGAAAACAAAUGCAGUGAGAUAUGUUUGGGAAGCAUUUGUGCAACUCUGGCUAUGUAGUGACAAGGAGUGCAGGUCACACUCACACACACACACACACACACACACACACACACACACACACACACGGGAAUUCUACCGCUGUUCUCCGAGGCCUACGGGGAAUGCAGUGGUAGGAGGCUUUGAUUUUCUAAAAUUUCUCACGGUAAAUCCAAAGAUUACAGGUCUCCCCAGGGACUCGAAAUGUUGCUUUUCCAUUUGUCACUUUCCAGAUCAUCUGACUGUGCUCAGCCCUUUUCUCCGGUGCUUCCGUCCCUUAACUUACUAAACGUUUUUGUUUUUAAAAAGACAUGGAGACUGUCACUUCACAUCAGCCCUCUUUAUUCUCCGCAACCAGAAUAGUGGUGCUUGGAUGGAUGCUAAAAUAACAAUAAGGGAAUACACCGAAGGCCACCCUUAUGUGCUGCUGAAGAAUAAUAAAAGUGGGGCUGGGGAUUUAGCUCAGCGGCAUAAGCACCUGCCUUGCAAGCAGGCGGUCGCGGUUCGAUCCCCGGUACUGAUAAAAGAUGAUAAUAAUAAUAAUAAAAGUAACAUUUAUUUUGAAGAUGCAUUAGGCAGAAAAAAAAAUCAAAAGUGAACUUUCAGUUGAUUUUGUCCCCUCUGUGAGAUAUUAAAAUGCUAAUUUCAUCUUCUGCCUUCCUCGAUGUGGCACUUUCUCAAAAUAUCUAUGAAACACUUUUAGGCAAAGAUGGAACUGGAAAGAGAAACACAAAUUUCCACACACACACCCCACCCAGACAGAGAGAGGGGUUUCCAUUGCCGGAAGCGUUCCACGUUUUGAAACUUGUGAAUCAUCUUUAGAAUUUCUGCCGUGGAAUUUUACCUCUUCAUCCAAAGGAAAAGCCACUCAUCCCCUUUGGUUUCCGGUGACAGAUUCAGAGGCGGCGGCCCUGCUGCAGUUUCCAGGCCUAGUUAAUCUUCCCAUAGUUAGGAACAAUGGGCGAACGGCCGUGGGGGGUGUUUCUCCAAAAAUUAUUCAUGCGCAAGGCAGCCCAAAGCUUCAGGGGAAACUAGAAAUGUUUUAUGGAUUAGAAUAGGACUGUUUUAAAAUGCUAGUACCAGAUGCAGCGCUGUGUCAACAACAGGACGCUGUCCGUUUCCUUUGGAAAAAUAGAUCCCGAGUAAAACGACUCCCGGAGAAUUGAUACCCUGCUCCUGGUACACUGCGGCCAACAAAUGAUAUUAUCGAUAGCCAAAGGAUUGUCAUUGGGGCCUUGGACAAUGCGGUUUGCCUGAGAAAGAUCAAAUGCAGCCUGUUGUGUCAUGUUUAUUUGCUUAAAACAGCUUUUGGAAGUACAAGUGGUGACGCUUUGGUAGGAUCCCCAGAUGGGAGAUGUUGGUACAGUUGAAGAAGUGUAUUGCUUAAAAAAAAAGCUAAGCACUCUGUCCAAUCCCUUCAGAAAAUAAAUUUCUGUGUGUCCACUGAAUUAUCUUGAACCUGAAACCUGUAUUUGGAUAUCAUCCCCCAGGCAAUAGCUAAUAUUUACAGACUGAGCAAUCACACACUUAGAGUUCAAACGUGACAACCAGGGCAGUGACGCAUUCACCUCCAACAUGACUCCCAUAACGGUCAGGAAUUAUGAAUGUGUGUGUACGUUUUUAAAGUGCUCAAAAUUUAACACAUCUGAACAGGACAGACUGCACCCAUCCUGCACUCUGAUAAACACUGCAGACACACAGCUGCCUUGACAUGCUAAAGAUAUGGGAUACAAUUCAAAAACACCAACGCAAACAAUAAAAUCUCCUUUGGCCCAGUGUUCUCAAAUGUCCUUAUAGUCUCUGAGGAUAGCCUUCUAAUCCCUUUCCGCUUGAUUGCAAAUAGCCAGGCACUGUCUGCUUCCAAGCCCCUCUAAAAUCCGGAAGCCAGCCCAUCAGAUACAGUCCUUACGGGAAAACCAGUUCCUGCUCUGCAGAGCUCCUGUAACUUUUUAGGAAACCCUGCACCCACAUAUUUACAUUAUGUCUGUGUCCCCUUGCAUUAAUUCUGGGUUUCUGAGUCUGUUUCUUUUCUAAAGGGCAGUGGUAGAAACAGGUCAAGAGUUUCAAGAAUCACAUUCAUCCUCGCCGUGAAGGAAAGUGCUCCUUUGCUAGUGAAGAAAGGCAAAUGUAUUUUUGUCUUAGGAAAGCAGACCAGCCGCCUUCAGAGGCUGCGACCUACCUGUAGAGUGUUCGCAAGCAAGGGCAACAAUUUUCUAUCGCCUGCAUGCUGUAUAUAAGACAUUCGCCUGUAUACUAGGAAAGAACCCAGGCUGUUUUCUUUGUGGAUACCGCAGCUUGGAUGGCUGGAACCUAGGCCGCCCGUGCAUUUUUAUACUGUACAUAUUUGUAUAUACUAACUAUAUCGCCAUGUACGAACACAGAUUUUGUUAUAUUUGCUUUGUUUCUGUUUCCUACCAAACUGGCCCACAAUGGGGAUUCUUUUGUAUAGAAGGAAGAAAAAAAUAUGCUUGUAAUUUUUUUCUGAUCAUUCUCUUUCGAUAGCUUAUGAAAGAAUUAGAUCUGAGUUUACAAAGAAAUUCUAAGAACCACGUCUGUCUGUCUGCAUGAGUCCCGACCGACCGCUGACCUAGGGAGGAACCGACGUCCUAAUUCAGAAUUUUCCUUUCAAGGCAUGCUUCACCCGUGGGAAAACUGCAAACUUAUCCAUGUAGAAUUAUUCUCUUUGUAUUUUAUCUAAUAGUGCCUGAAAAAUUUUUUAAUGUCUUCUUAGAGGAAGAAUUCAUAAUUGUCAAAAUUUGAAACAUUAGCUUAAUUUUGUUUUUAUGACCUCACGAUUCUUCUUAUUUAUUCGGUUGCUGCUGUAAUGGGGCCCCAGGCCAUUCCUGACAUCGAUGUUCCUCUGCAUUAAGGAUGUUUUUAAAAUUACAGAGAUUAUUGAGCCAACAGGCUGCUUUAAUCAAAACCAUGUUUCACUUGUUUUUGAUGAUUAUAAAUUGUCCUUGCAAUGAAAAAGGAAAAAAAGAAAAAAAAAAAAACUUUUCUGCUAGGAAGAUUAUACCACCCUGUGGCCAAACAGAUUCAUAACAGAUAGGCAUCAGUGCCCACUGCUCCGGAUCUAGAAAAUUCCUCCCUGGGCUGGCCACAGUCGCAUCCCCUGGCCACCUCCCUGCCACUGUCCUCAGGGCUCCAGGAACUAUUUGCAGAUUUCCAAAGGCUUCUUGCCUGGUCAUCUCUGCCCACAGACAGACAAUGCAGCCGGAAACGUCCCUCUGGCUUGCAGAGAAGGAAGGGAUUUUUCAGAACAGGUGAUCCUGCUUUUGUCCCUGGAUGCCACCAGCCUGUCAUCCCUCCUAAUCACAAACGAUCUGGUCCUAACACCCCACGUAACCUAAAUCAGGCCAAAAGCAGCAUUUUAGCUCAGCGUCUGCUGCACAGGACACUGCGGGCGCAGCUGCGAUGUGCGCAUGCGUGUGAUGCUCACGCGUCGACAUUAUCUGACAAUAGGAGGGUUUUUAAUUCGAUUUUAUCGCUAGAGAUAAAUUCCGAUGAUGGAGCUGAAGAAAACCCUUAAAUUAUAUCACAAAAGCCAUUAUUUUUUACAUCUGAAGAGUUUUUUUAAAAAAGAAAAUCAUUCUACUUUGAGAACUGUAAUUAAAGCCCUAAAUAAUAGACCGACUUCUUUGAGCUGUUGUGCAAACCAGCAACGCGCUCGCCGAGGUUGUACGGAGCCCCCCAUUUCCAUCAGAAAGGCUUCUAUAUUAUUUACAUUUUUAAACCGGGUAACUUUCCUUUAUGGUGAAAAUCUCUCUCUCUCUCUCUCUCUCUCUCUCUCUCUCUCUCUCUCUCUCUCUGUCUCUCUCUUUAUUUCCACUGAGCAGUUAUUGGAAAUAGUCUGUUCCCAUCUGAAACCUUACCGUAAUUUACAUCAGGAGAGCCAGCUGCCGACGUUAAGGACCUGGGUGUGUUCAAUUAUGAUUUUGCUGGAGGCUGCCCCUCGUGUUAAUGCUGCAGAUAUUGAACCACCUUUCUGAGACCUGGCUGAUUCGGCAGAGCAGAGACAGGCCUCCCGACACCAUUAGCUUUGCAAAUGCUUCAUCGUAGUCAAGGCCGACUUCCGCUUUGGCCAACUGAAAAAAUAAAAAUACAAAAUGAAAAUUAAAGGAGAGAAGAAAAAAACACAGAUGCACUUAACACAUGAAAAGAAUUAUUUAUACGAUAAAAAUAUAUUUAGAUUUUCAAAGCACAAGACUGAAUAGAAGUGCUCUUUUUAUGCUUUCUGGAGAUGUUAAAUGUCUUUCUACAUCAGGCUUAAUAAAUCUGUAAUGACAUUUGAUGGACUGA